AUGGGCUUGGGUGUACUGGAGAACUCUUCGGGCUUGCGACGAGUUCCUGGAACUGUUACUCUAGCUGAGAUUGACCACCAGAACACUGGAAAUGCUGGACGACUCAAAAGAGGCACUAGACGCGACAAAAAUAUCAUCCUCACGCCGCAACCGUCGAACGAUCCAAACGAUCCGUUGAAUUGGCCGUACUACAAGAAAGUCACAAUCGUUGCAAUUAUGGUUUUUGGGGCAUGUCUGAACGCUGCGACAAUCGGGCCUCUCCUCAGUGCCAGCAUUGUGGUUCUUUCAGAGGAAUUCAAAAGGCCUCUGACUGACAUCACGCUUCUGACAGGUUACAACAUGGUCGUUGCUGGGGCUUCUUGUCCAUUGGCCUCGGCGUUGGCUACUAAAUAUGGGAAGCGACCGGUUUUUCUCGCCUCGUCACUUGCAUGCGUUAUCGGGAGCAUUAUAGGCUCGGCCAGCAAAACAUACCAUACCCUCCUUGCAGGUCGCAUUAUUCAGGGCUUUGCAAUUGCCGCAUACGAGUCUCUCACCUUCACCAUGAUUGGCGACUUAUUCUACGUCCAUCAACGUGGGCUCUGGGUCAAUGUCAUUUCUUUCACUCUCACGGCUGUGUCCAAUAUGAGUUCUAUCAUUUCUGGGCCUGUUACGAAUAACCUGGGCUGGCAUUACCUUUUCUACCUCCUGGUGGCUUGCUCAGGGUUCCAAACGCUCUUACUCCUUUUAUUCGCCCCGGAAACUUGCUACAUAAGGGAUCCUUGCUUUAACGAACACCUCGCCACCGGCAAUGAGAAAUUCGAUGUGAAGGGAACUACAGUAGUAGAACAUGUCGAGUCAGCAUCACAACUGACUACACGUCCACCUCCUGCGAAGACCUUCUGGCAAGAAAUGGCCAUUUACACGGGAACAUACAGCGAAGAGAGCUUUAUUAAGCUCUUGCUAGGUCCAUUUCUGUGCCUCACUAACCUGUUCGCGUUGUGGACUGUCGUAAUAACCGGUGUCAUUACCUCAACCUACGUCGCCAUAUCCUACAUCGUGGCGCAGAUAUUCUCUCCGCCGCCUUAUUCGCUGUCAACCGCUCAAGUUGGGUACCUGUCCACAGGCCCAUUCCUUGGCGGCGUCAUUGGCUGUACUCUAGUUGCACAGACAUCAGACCGUCUAACCAUCUGGAUGGCAAAACGCAACAACGGUAUCUACGAGCCAGAGUUCCGGCUUCCGUUGAUUAUCUUUGCAUUUAUCUGCACCGGUGGGCUGUUCGGUUUUGGUGUUGUAGCACAGGCACAAGGAAAUGUCUAUCUGAUCGAUUUCAUGUGGGGGAUGACGCUGGUUGGAAUCGCCUUUGCUGUUGGACCUUGCUCGGCUUACGCGAUCGAUGCAUUCCGCGAUAUGAGCAAUGAGAUUUUCGUGGCAAAUGUCAUGUUUAAAAACUUUUUGUUCUUUGGUUACAGCUACUUCAUCAACGACUGGAUCACGAAGGAUGGGGUGGCCAGUCCGUUCUAUGUAUUUGGCGGUAUUAGUGCAGGAUUGAUUGUGACGGCACUUCCUGUCUAUCUGUUCGGGAAAAAGUACAGGAGUAUGUGGUCUCAGUACAACAUUAUGGAGAUGCUGAAGAUUCAGACACAUGCCGAAAUGUAG